AUGAAGAUGGACGACAAAGAUCCUUUCCCACCAAGCGAUUUGGUCGAAUCAUCAAAGAAUGCAUCCUCCCGAUUCGAAUGCUUGCGUUUUCGCCUGAAUUUUGGGAUGACCCUCGGACUACUUGGUUCCGAUGCUUCGAGAGAUGGACCCCAGCAACGACUGCGCCACCCCGAGAAGCGAUGGCCGCGGCAGCGGCAGCGACGGGAAUGGGGGCCGCUCGGCGAACACCUCGACCUGGAGGGUGUGCUCCUCCUAGCCACCCCGGUGGCAACGGACAGCAGCAUCAUCAUGGAGGGUGAGCUCCUCGACGACGACAACGAACCAGGUACCCCCUCCGGCACCAGGCGCUCCGCUUCUCUCGUCGACAACAACGGACUGGGCACCUCCUCCAGCGCCAGGCGCUCCACCUCCGUCGACAACAACGGGCCCAGCAACAGGGUCUCCAUCAGCGACCUCGACCUCGUUUUGGUCUCCUCCGGCUCUCAGGGCUCCAGUGGAGGUGGGAGCGGCGGCAGGCGCAGUGCCUCCAAUGAUCAGUUUCCCCAGAGGGAGGGACAUCGUAGGAUGUAUGCCCCAAGGAACAACAGAUAUUAUGAGGUUUCACAUACAUUUGUGUGCUUCUUCUACAGGCAGGAUCCUCGAGCCGGCAGCCAGCGCCAGGGCAAUGGCAAGGUGUCGGGUCCGCCCAACAUCCAGAUCCAGCCCCAGCAGGGGCCGGAGUUCCCCUACCCCUUCAACUUCCAUACGCCGCCGGGCUUCCGCAUCCUCCCGAACAGGAACUUCCAGCUGUUGCAGGUCGGACCGGAGUGCCCCAUCUGGGUGCCCCCGCCAACCCCGCCGCCGUGUGUGGGACCGAGAUUCGGUGCCGGACUGAGAGUGCAACUGUACGGGUCACCUGCACUCUACCCGCCGCCCGGCGUCACCACCAUGAUCAUCCCCAGGAGGUCCUAA